AGACCACUCGGCGGCCAGCACGCACAGGACUGCCACACCACGACCGGCACAACCGAGCAGCAUCCUCAAGACACGACCAGUCCCGGCCAACGAAGAUGGCUGACACCAAGACAAACCCCAUGCGCGAGCUCCGGAUCGAAAAGCUGGUCAUCAACAUUUCGGUCGGUGAAUCCGGUGAUCGACUCACCCGAGCUUCCAAGGUCUUGGAACAACUUACCGGUCAAACCCCGGUUACCUCCAAGGCUCGUUACACCGUCCGUCACUUUGGGAUCCGUAGAAACGAAAAGAUUGCCUGUCAUGUGACGAUCCGUGGACCCAAGGCCGAAGAAAUCUUGGAGCGUGGGCUCAAAGUUAAGGAGUACGAACUCCGAAAGCGAAACUUCUCCGAGACUGGUAACUUCGGCUUCGGUAUCACAGAGCACAUCGACUUGGGAAUCAAAUACGACCCUGGAAUCGGUAUUUUCGGUAUGGACUUCUUCGUCGUCAUGGGUCGACCCGGCUACCGAGUUUCCCGACGCAAACACGCCACCAACCGUGUCGGCUUCAACCACCGUGUCAAGAAGGAGGAGACUAUGACUUGGUUCCGAUCACGUUUCGAUGGUAUCCUUUCACGAUGAGCUGUGAGAAGCGGACGAUGAUGCUCUGGGACCGGGAAAUGGGCGGCUUACUAUUCUAUGACCAGUAAAUUCCACGGUUCUUAUUGAGCUGUCAAGAAGUGACUUGUCUGGUUUUUGAAUCUCCAUGUACCAUCUUGAAGAAACUCUAAACCCGAGCAACCUCACACAAUUUUUUCCGACACCAAUUCAUUCCCAUCAUGCCAUUCAAUCUAAGUCUUGUCACCUAUGAACCCCCGCACAUGCUUCCUCGACCGCAUCAAUCAUCAUCACAUGCGAUUUGAGCCCGUAAUGUAAAAUCAUGCCGCUCCAGUCUUACGGCUGGUAAAACGGUCUAAUAGUCGUUGUCCAGUCGUGCCGUUCUCUACAUCAGAUACAAUCUCCUCUUGAAUUCCAUAUCUGAGACCUAGGCUUUACGCACCUGCUAGCAUGAAUGUACGCUGGUAAGUGAGUGCCAGCAAUGACAAGAUAAUCUUUUAAGGAAAUUAAGGAAUUAU